AUGGCGGACUUGACUGCUGAUGAGAAGGCUGCCCUCACUGGAAUGUGGCGUGAGGUAGAUACUGAAAAACUUGGCAGUGAGGCCCUGGAAAGGUUGCUGAUUGUCUAUCCACACAGCAGGAGGUACUUUGACCACUUUGCAGUCUCUCGUUCUCGUUCUGCCACUGAGGACGACCCCAACUUGAAGGUUCUUGGCAAGAAGGUGAUGGACUCCUUCGGUGAAGCCCUGAAACACCUGGACAACCUGAAUGACACCUUUGCCAGCCUGAGCGAGCUUCACCGUGACAAGAUGCAUGUGGAUCCUGAGAACUUCAAGCUCCUGGGCAGCAUGAUAGUGAUUGUGCUGUCUCGCCACUUUGGCAACGACUUCACCCCAGCACUGCAGGGUGCUUUGGAAAAGCUGGUGGCUGCUGUAGUUGCUGCAAUGGCUCACAAGUACUACUGA